UGGAGCCGACACUCGUCCACGGAGCAAAUCGGGGAUGGCAGACAGACCUCCGACGGUGUUCAUGAAGCUGCUGGCCGCCGGAUUUUACAGUUCGAGCUCCUUUUUCCUGGUGGUGGUGAACAAGAGUGUGCUCACCCACUACAGGUUCCCUUCGUCGAUAUGCGUUGGGAUUGGGCAAAUGUUGGCCACGGUGAUUGUCCUGUGGGUGGGCAAGGCUGCGAGGGUGAUCAGCUUCCCAGACUUCGACAAGAAAGUACCACGCAAGACGUUUCCUCUACCUCUCCUCUAUGUGGGCAAUCAAAUUACUGGUCUGUCUGGAACCAAAACCCUCAAUUUGCCCAUGUUUACUGUCCUCAGGAGGUUCUCCAUCUUAUUCACGAUGCUGGCCGAGAGAUUUCUGCUCAAGAGAAAAUUCUCCAGGUCCAUCCAGCUGACAGUAUUUGCAAUGAUCCUCGGGGCCUUCAUAGCUGCAAGCGCUGACAUGUCCUUUGACAUGCAAGGCUACGUCUUCAUCUCCCUCAACAAUGUGCUCACCGCCGCCAACGGUGCUUAUGUGAAGCAGAAAUUGGAUGCAAAGGAGCUGGGCAAAUACGGUUUGCUGUAUUAUAACGCACUAUUUAUGAUCCUGCCCACUGUGAUGUUGGCUCACAUGACCGGCGACAUACAGAUGGCUGUGGCGUUCAAUGGCUGGUCAGAUGCUUUGUUCCUCACACUGUUCCUCCUCUCUUGCAUCAUGGGGUUUGUUCUCAUGUACUCCACAGUGUUGUGUACGCAGUAUAACUCUGCGCUGACCACCGCCAUCGUUGGAUGCAUCAAGAAUGUGCUGGUGACGUAUAUCGGCAUGGUGUUAAUCGGGGACUACGUCUUCUCCUGGACUAACUUCAUAGGUGUGAACAUCAGCAUCGUGGCCAGCUUGGUGUACUCCUACAUCAGUCUGCGAGAGGAGCAGCCCAACAAGGCCAGCGAAAGCGAAAUCAAGGGCAAGGUGGUCGUAUGACACUGGUUUCUCUUUUACUUUUUGUAUGACAAUGUACAGCUAAAGUCUUUUAUUUUGUAUUUAUGACUCCAAGCAAAGGUGACCGAUAGUUGUCGUGUUUGCUGCCAUGGUUACGAGAUUGUUUUCUUUGAAAGAGAUGCUAUUUUUCUUGACAUCUGUAUUUUAAUAUGGUCAGUGUUGAAAAAGGGAUGAAUAUUUAUGAGGUUUCUGCGGAAUGUUGAAGAUCUUCUAGCUGUUUACAAGAAUGUACAAGGCUGACAAAUACUCUCUCGCCGCCGGCACCAACAGGCGCCGAAAAAGAAUUCGGAGCUACCCUUUCAUGGUGUUCUGGAAAAACCUGCUCCCCAUUAGGACUCAUGCGCCUGCGUAUGAAUCCAGGUCAGGUUAGGUCCUGACACUAAAUGCCAAUAUUAGUGUAUUUAUUAUUUCACACUCCUGAACUGUGGCUGUUGUUAAGGCGGCGUCAAAAAGCCUCCAAACCAGAAGAAAACAGCUGAUGUGUCACGAGAACAUGCUCCGAUAAUGAACUAAAUAUGAGUCUACAAUAUAUGGAUAACAGUUACUUAGCCCACUCAAGGCACAGAAGCCAAAUCUAGCCCACGACGUCAUUUAACCUCUUAAGGUCCAAGCUGUUUGUUUACAUGCUUUUUUUUAUUUAUUUCUCUUUGCUAUUUGGGCUUAUUGGACCCUAAUUAGAAUAAAAACUAAGAAUCAUCUUUUGAUAUGAUGUACUUAGUCCAUAAGUACACAAACGUGUACUUCAUGUUUAGUGACAUGCUAAUUCUUAUUUUUCCAAAUUCCAUUGUAUGCUAUACUCUUCUGACACCACCAGAUGGCAGUAUAAGUGUCCACAUAAGCGGCCAUAAGACCCCAAUUCAGUAGUGUACACAAUUUUGGAAAUAAGAGCUAAAAAGUGCUGUCCACGCAUGUGGCCACUAAGUCUUUAGAUUAAGGUGGCCCGCCGUGUCUUUUUAUGUAGACCGCCAUAUCGUCUUUAUGAGGGCCCGCCCCUUAAUUUUAAAGUGACUGUUGUUGCUACAUUAGAAUUAUGUAACCUGCCACAUCAUUUUACUAAGUCAUUUAUGUGACCAGCCACACCAUUUUAAUGUGUCCCGCUAUAUCAUUCUAAUGUGGCCCGACACAUAGUUUUAUGCAGGCCUCAAUAUCAUUUAAUAGUGGCCAGUCCCUUAAUUUUAUAAUGGCAUGCUACAUAAUUCCAAUGUGGUCCGCCGCAUCAUUUUAUGUGGUCUGUUAAGUCAUUUAUGUGACCAGCCACAUAUUUCAAUGUGACCAGCCAUAUAAUUUUAUUGUGGCCAGCCACACCAUUUAAUGUGUGCCCCACUACAUCAUUCUAAUGUGGCCUGACACAUCAUUUUAUGUAGGCCGCCAUAUCAUUUUAUGUGGCCCGUCUCUUAAUUUUAUUGUGGCAUGCUACAUAAUUCUAAUGUGGCCCGCCACAUCAUUUUAUGUGGCCCGCUAAGUCAUUUAUGUGACCAGCCACAUAUUUUAAUGUGACCAGCCAAAUCAUUUUAUUGUGGCCAGCCACACCAUUUAAAUGUGCACGGCUACAUCAUUCAAAUGUGGCCCGACACAUCAUUUUAUGUAGGCCGCCAUAUAAUUUUAUAGUGUUCCGUCCCUUCAUUUGAUAGUAGCAUGCUACAUAACUCUAAUGUGGUCCGCCACAUCAUUUUAUGUGGUCCGCUAAAUCAUCCUAACGUGGCCCGACACAAAUUCUUUUGUAGACCGUGAUAUCAUUUUAUAGUGGCCCGUCCCUUAAUUUUAGAGUGGCAUGCUAAAUAAUUCCAAUGUGGUCCGCCGCAUCAUUUUAUGUGGUCUGUUAAGUCAUUUAUGUGGCCAGCCACAUAUUUUUAAAGUGGCCCUCCACACCAUUUAAAUGUGCCCUGCUAAAUCAUUCUAAUGUGGCCUGACACAUAUUUUUAUGUAGACCGCAAUAUCAUUUUAUAGUGGCCCGUCCCUUAAUUUUAUUGUGGCAUGCUAAGUCAUUUAUGUGACCAGCCACAUAUUUUUAAUGUUACCAGCCAAUUAAUUUUAGUGUGGCCACUCACGCCAUUCUAAUGUGGCCCGACACAUAAUUGUAUGUAGGCCACCAUAUCAUUUUAUAGUGGCCCGCUAAAUCAUCCUAACGUGGGCCGACACAAAUUUUUUUGUAGACCGUGAUAUCAUUUUAUAGUGGCCCGUCCCUUAAUUUUAUAGUAGCAUGCUAAAUAAUUCCAAUGUGGUCCGCCGCAUCAUUUUAUGUGGUCUGUUAAGUCAUUUAUGUGACCAGCCACAUAUUUUUAAAGUGGCCCUCCACACCAUUUAAAUGUGCCCUGCUAAAUCAUUCUAAUGUGGCCUGACACAUAUUUUUAUGUAGACCGCAAUAUCAUUUUAUAGUGGCCCGUCCCUUAAUUUUAUUGUGGCAUGCUAAGUCAUUUAUGUGACCAGCCACAUAUUUUUAAAGUGGCCCUCCACACCAUUUAAAUGUGCCCUGCUAAAUCAUUCUAAAGUGGCCUGACACAUAUUUUUAUGUAGACCGCGAUAUCAUUUUAUAGUGGCCCGUCCCUUAAUUUUAUCGUGGCAUGCUAAGUCAUUUAUGUGACCAGCCACAUAUUUUUAAUGUUACCAGCCAAAUAAUUUUAGUGUGGCCACUCACGCCAUUCUAAUGUGGCCCGACACAUAAUUGUAAGUAGGCCACCAUAUCAUUUUAUAUUGGCCCGCUAAAUCAUCCUAAUGUGGCCCGACACAAAUUUUUAUGUAGACCGUGAUAUCAUUUUAUAGUGGACCGUCCCUUAAUUUUAUAGUGGCAUGCUAAAUAAUAAGCCACAUCAUUUUAUGUGGUCUGUUAAGUCAUUUAUGUGACCAGCCACAUAUUUUUAAAGUGGCCCUCCACACCAUUUAAAUGUGCCCUGCUAAAUCAUUCUAAUGUGGCCUGACACAUGUUUUUAUGUAGACCGCAAUAUCAUUUUAUUGUGGCCCGUCCCUUAAUUUUAUUGUGGCAUGCUAAGUCAUUUAUGUGACCAGCCACAUAUUUUUAAUGUAACCAGCCAAAUUAUUUUAGGGUGGCCACUCUCGCCAUUCUAAUGUGGCCCGACACAUAAAUGUAUGUAGGCCACAAUAUCAUUUUAUAGUGGCCCGCUAAAUCAUCCUAACGUGGCCCGACACAAAUUUUUUUGUAGACCGUGAUAUCAUUUUAUUCUGGCCCGUCCCUUAAUUUUAUAGUGGCAUGCUAAAUAAUUCCAAUGUGGUCCGCCGCAUCAUUUUAUGUGGUCUGUUAAGUCAUUUAUGUGGCCAGCCACAUAUUUUUAAAGUGGCCCUCCACACCAUUUAAAUGUGCCCUGCUAAAUCAUUCUGUGGCCUGACACAUAUUUUUAUGUAGACCGCAAUAUCAUUUUAUAGUGGCCCGUCCCUUAAUUUUAUUGUGGCAUGCUAAGUCUUUUAUGUGACCAGCCAAAUUUUAGUGUGGCCACUCACGCCAUUCUAAUGUGGCCCGACACAUAAUUGUAUGUAGGCCACCAUAUAAUUUUAUAGUGGCCCGUCCCUUCAUUUAGUCGUGGCAUGCUACAUAAUUAUGUCACUAGCCACAUAUUUUUAAUACGACCAGCCAAAUAAUUUUAUCGUGGCCAGCCACUCCAUUUGAUUGUGCCCCGCUACAUCAUUUAUAGUGGCCCGUCCCUUCAUUUAAUUGUGGCAUGCAACAUAAAUCUAAUGUGGUCUGUUAAGUAAUUUAUGUGACCAGCAAUUAUUUUUAAUUGUGGUCUGCCACAGCAUUUAAAUGUGCCUCGCUACAUCAUUCUAAUGUGGCCUGACACAUAACUUUAUGUAGGCCGCAAUAUAAUUUUAAUUAGGCUCAUCGUAAAUCAUCAAAAACGGUUGCCUUUGCAAGUUAUGUAACAAGGUAAUUAAACAUGUGUAUAUAUAAAGUGGCCCUCUGAAGACUGUUUAAUUACAAAUGACGUCACCUUCAAGCCCCCAACAUAAUGAAUAACCACGACUUGAAUAUUGAAACAAUAAUCGUCAUUAUUUUGGCCUUAAUCGCACGACACUCUUUUUAACGUUUAUUGCUGCAGGUUGAAUUCCAACACACAAAGUCUGCCUCCUUAUGUUCCCAACUCUGGACAUCAGUUACUCAUCAACACUUGACUUGCUUUUCAGUCACGUCACACAAUAAUGUUGCAAGUUCCCUCCGUCCUCUGCUGCCCCUUAGUGUUGUAGAAGUGAACUGCAAGCAAGACGGCGUGAGAGUGUUUUCCAGCCUUAACAUGUGAUGCCUUCAAUGUCCUCUUUACUAGUCUGUUACUUUGUGUUUGCACAGUCAAACACGGCUUUAACUUGGGUAAACGGUACAAAUAGUUGUGUGUGUGUGUGAGUGUGUGUGGGCCCUCCAUGCAGUCAUGGUACUUUUUUUCUGAGCGGCCUGCCUCACUCACCUUUUAUUUAUUUUUUAUUAUUCACAUUUCUAAUAUUCUGGUACAAGUUGUACAACUUUUUGUCCAAGUUGAUUGGAGUUCCGUGUAAAGGUGUGACACGCCAGUGAAGGAUUAGAAAUGUGACGAGCACAUAUUUCUAAUAAUAAAAAAAAAAAGAUGAAAAAGAACAAGUUGUGCUACUUUUUCUUUUAAUGUUUCCAUCAUGUUUACAAUGAUCACAAUAUUGUGUGUUUUUAAAUAGACAAGCAACACAAAUACAA